AUGAGCGCCCCCACCAUCACCUCAAGAUUCCUCCUCUUCCUGGCAUUUCAGCUCCUGGGGCAAACAGGAGCUAACCCCGUGUAUGGCUCUGUGUCCAAUGCAGACCUGAUGGAUUUCAAGAAUUUGCUGGACCACUUGGAGGACAAGAUGCCUUUAGAAGAGGAGGUCGUGCCCCCACAAAUACUAAGUGAGCAGAAUGAGGAAGCUGGGGUGGCUCUCAGUCCCCUCCCUGAGGUGCCUCCCUGGACGGGGGAGGUCAACCCAGCCCAGAGAGAUGGGGGUGCCCUUGGGCGGGGCCCCUGGGACGCCUCCGAUAGAUCUGCCCUCCUGAAAAGCAAGCUGAGAGCGCUGCUUGCUGCCCCUCGGAGCCUGCGGAGGUCCAGCUGCUUCGGAGGCAGGAUGGACAGGAUUGGAGCCCAGAGUGGACUGGGUUGCAACAGCUUCCGGUACCGAAGAUAA